AUGCCCGCCCACGACGCACCCCCGCCCUACAACGCCCACGGCGACCCCUACAACCUCGACCCCCUCCCGCAGGAACAGAACCGCCCUGCCCUUCCCGAAAACAAGAGAAACAUCCACCUCGCCGCUCUGCCCGCCGAAGCAAGGAUAGUCAAAUUCCAAACUAUCGUGCGCGAAGGAAGGGAGAUCGUUGUCGGCAGAAUCAAGGUGCCUACUCCUGCGACUGCGGCCGGCGCCCGUCACGCUUUCAUCCUCCGACGAUACGACACCAAUGCGAUCUCCCUCACGACAAUGUACAAGGUCGCUUUCCCCACUGCUACCGACGAGGACGAGAAGCGGGAAAUGGAUUGGGUCAAGUCUUCUUUCGACACUCGAGGAACCAACGGUGGAAGGGACAAUUCGGCGGUCAGACUUGCUGGCCAAUGGGUCUCUCGAAGCCUUGCCAUUCACCUCGCACCCGCGUAUAAGAUGGAUACCUUGAUCAAUGCAUUGGCACGAGCUGUCCCCGAUCCCAACGUCGCUUACCGCAAGUCUCAACGAUCCCAAGCUGCCUCUGACGAGAUUGCCCGUCAAAGUGGUGGGGGUGAAGAUGGGAUCUUUAAUUCCCCCGCUCCGGCUUUGGCUCCGGCUCCCGCACCUGCCUCAGUGCCCUCUCUUUCUGCUGGUGACAAUGCGUCUCCCGCAGCCAAACGUCGCCGCAGAGAUCAAGGUACCGCUCCCCAGCAGGCUUCCAGUAGCGCAUCCGCUCAUCAGCCCUCGGCCACGGCCGAGCCCUCUACUACCACGACCGAGGCUGAGGAUGUCCAGCAUAUCAGCGUGGAGGCAACUACUACCAUCACCGCUCCUGCUGGCGAAGCCGUUGACAUGAAUGCCGAGAUUGAGCAGGCAAAGCAGCUCGUCAAGGACCUUCGUGACGAAAUCAGGCUUCGCAAUGAAGCAGGCAACAGCCUGGAGGAUCAAGGCGUGGACAUUGCCGAGGACGUUCGAGGGACCAAACGAGGGAAGGGACAAGACGAAGGCGUCGCUCUUUCCGGUGGCGCCUCUGGGGACAAUAGGGUUGUCCGCACCAACAAGAGGAUCCCUCAAAACGCCGUUGCCGAAGUAGGACGCAAGUUUGGGUGGGGCGCUCUGGUCUUCAGUGUUGGAUUGGGAGCAUCUCUCACCUUCAUCUCUCAAUACGCUUCGAAUCUUUUGUAA